AUGACUGAUGAAACCCCAGAGCAGGCGGCUGGAGUAACAACACCUACUACCAGCAAUGGUACACCCAUUGCCUCAGAAGAAGAGGGGGCUGUCAGUUUUCCUCUACCUCCACCAGCAGCAGCAAAUCAAACACCUCAUCUGGGCAUCCUAAGCAGCGGAGGCUUUAGUCUACUAUGUCCCGGUGUGGAUUUCACAGAGAUUUCCUUCAAAGAGAAAGUUGGCCAUGGCUCUUAUGGUGUGGUCUACAAAGCCUUUUGGCGUGAUCGUUUUGUGGCUGUUAAGGAAUUCGGCCCCAAGGCCGAACAAAAAGCCAUUGAAACUGAAGUCAAACAAUUGUCCCGCGUUCAACAUCAAAAUAUCAUUUCCCUAUAUGGUAUUGCUUUGAAUCAAAUGUCGACAUACUUGAUAAUGGAAUAUGCAGAAGGUGGUUCUUUGUAUGAUUUUCUGCAUGGCAAAGUGAAGCCGUAUUAUUCAAAGGCUCAUGCCAUGAGUUGGGCGCGACAAUGUGCCGAGGGUGUCGCCUAUCUACAUGCCAUGAAACCCAAGCCUUUGAUACAUCGUGAUUUGAAACCACUCAACCUUUUGCUCACCAAUAAAGGACGUCAUUUGAAAAUUUGUGAUUUCGGCACUGUGGCCGAUAAGUCAACGCUUAUGACCAACAAUAAGGGCUCGGCAGCUUGGAUGGCACCAGAAGUAUUUGAAGGCUCCAAAUAUACCGAAAAAUGUGAUAUUUUCAGUUGGGGUAUAGUACUGUGGGAGGUGUUAUCACGCCAAAAACCCUUUAAGGAUGUGGACAACACCUACUCGAUUAUGUGGAAGAUACACAAAGGUGAAAGGCCGCCCAUAGUUACUGAAUGGCCGGAGCCCAUACAAAAUCUAAUGACUUCAUGUUGGGCCACUAAGCCCGACUUAAGGCCUUCCAUGCAGUUGGUGGUGGAAGACAUGCAUAAAUUGGUACAGGCCUAUCCAGGUGCUGAUGAGCCAUUGGAAUAUGAAUUUAAAAACCAACAGAUUGUCAGCCCCAAUGUUAAUGGCACCAAUGGAGAUAGUUAUGUCUUAGAUUUUAGUGAUUACAGCAAUUCAUCCAGUUAUGGCACCUCCAAUACCCAAGUAACCCGUCCCACCACUGAGGAUAGUGGUGAUAGCAGCAACAGUAACCGUUCCUCAUCUGCCACUCCCACCAAUCCAUUCUUGCCACAUGCUCAUAUUGAUUCAAUACGCUGGGAUGUUAUUCCGGAAGAAUCCGAAUGUUCUACAAAUCAUUCAGAUGAUCCAGCUGAUAAUGCUGUUGCUGAACCCUUCAAUUUGUCUACCUCAGAAGAAUCGAAGAAACGUUAUGAGACCAUACGCAGCAAUAUGCUGGAAAAUGCUCAUGUACCAAUGGCUCCCUUGGGAAUUGAUGUGGAUCCUAAAGCCUUUGACCUUUUUCGAGCAAAAAGUGAUGGUAAAGAACGUAUAAUGGUGACCGAAGCCAAACCCAUCAUUAAAUCAGUCGAUCAAAUCAAUCCCAAUUAUCCAGUCGAUGCCAAUGACACCGAUCUUGAUGAGGACGAAGAAAAUGGCCAACCAUUGGAGGAGCUGUUGGAUCCGGAAUUACAGCCGGAACAGCCCAUACCGGAUAAUGCCGAAUCGCAAGAGAUAUUCAAAGAACAUCGAAGAUUGGCCAUGGAGUAUCUGAAGGUCAAUACAAGUCUAUACUAUGCUCAAGACAUAAAGGAGAGAAUACUAAUACAAAUGGCUCCGCAGGAGAGGCAAGAGAAGCAAGAGCUGCUAAAGAGAAUGAAAGAGAAGCAAGAAUUGAUGGAAUUGUACAACAACCUCAAACAACAUUGGGAUGCAGUGCGUUCCUCGGUGCCGCCCGAAGAUCAGCCCAGCCGUUCUGAGGCGCCUGCAAAUGCCAAUGGCAACAAUGAAUUAAUACCCGAUGAUAGUUGGGUGGUUAUAAAUCGCAAUCAGAAUUCAUAGUAUUUGGCCAAAGAUGAAGACGAAUUUGUGGAACGAAUAAUUUCAUUCAAUAGUAUAUGGAUGGAGGAAG